GUUCGCUGAGGUAGAAUAACCCUGUCAGAAGUCUUGAGGCAGCCCCAAGCCCUUGGUGUCAACAUGGCUUGUCUCAGUGGGUUCAGCCUGUCUCGCAUCCCCUCUAUCCUGAUGUUGGCGGUACUGUACGUGGCCUAUGUGUUGAUCGGAGGACUGAUCUUCUGGAAGCUGGAAGGAGGUCUGGUGCGGCAGGAAAAAGCCCGUAUACUUGAGGAGAAGAGAUCACUACUAGACACAUACCCCUGUCUGAACCAAGAGGCCCUGGAUGCUAUAGCUCAGGUAUUUCGAGAUUCUUCCAAGGUUGGGCUUAGUCUGAAAGGGAACCAGACCAUGGACAGCUUCUGGAAGUUCACUAGCUCUGCUGUGUUUGCUGCCACUGUGGUCACCACUAUAGGCUAUGGCAACAUGAGCCCCAGUACAACGGCAGGUCAGAUCUUCUGUGUGUUCUUUGCUCUGUUUGGGAUCCCUCUGAACAUGGUGGUGCUGAACAGAGUAGGCAAGUACAUGCUGGCCAUAGAGAGGAACGCCUCUGAUUUCAUCCAGGGAAAGACCAAUCACAGGAAGUUAACCAGGUUCAUGAUCCACCUGUUGUCCUACCUCUCUGGAACAGCACUCUUCUUUGUGAUGCCCAUGGUGGUGUUCAAACAGCAAGAGGGCUGGAGCUACUCACAGGCGAUCUACUAUUGCUUCAUUUCACUCAGCACCAUUGGCUUUGGAGACUACGUCGCAGACAGUAAUCCCGACCAGUACUAUCCAGAGUGGUACAGCAUCCUCAUGGCGUCCUGGAUCUUCUUCGGCCUGGCCUGGUUGGCCCUAGUCAUCAACCACACCAGCGACAUCCUGGAGCGGCUCAACACCCACCUCAAACACUGGUGGAGCCCCGAGGAACCUAGCAACGCAGGACCGGUGGAUGAGGUCAAGGAAACCCCGGUGGACGGUUAA